AUGGCGCCUCCAAAGAUCAAGACGGGAGAUGUGACCGUUAACGAUGCGCUGGAUUUAAUCGAAGGAGGCAAUCUGAGGGAGCGGUCUUCUGGUUUGGAUGACCUGAUCUAUCUCCUGGACAAAAAGGGCAAAUCGGCUAGUUUAUCCGCUCUUCGCGAUAAGCACUACCACCGCAUACUUGAGAUUCUGUUCAAAUGCGCAAUCAGUGAGAAGAAGACCUAUACCGGGGGCAAGCGGACGACGGCUGCAGGGGCGGGAGGCAGACUAGGGAAAUGCGCCGAGGCCCUUCGACUCGCUGUCGGCCAUGGAGCCUCUGCCAGCAAGCUGAAGAGGAAGACGAUGCUUGCUCUCAUUGAUCACGUCACCCAGGCUCUACCCUGUCCACCUGGAUCCGGAGACGGACCGUACGUGGAGCCACUGUUGAAAGACUACGUCAAAACCAUCCUCGCACUGCUCUCUCAUCAGGCAAAUGUCGAGCAGCUUGCUACACUUGAUGCGGCCGGAUGGAAGAACUGUGUAGAUUUCUGCGUCGAUGCCGUGCGGGUUUAUCUCGACAAUGCCGACCGAGACUCCGGCUCACGGGGAUCCCCGGCACCGGGCACGGCAUCUUUGGGCUUCUCGACUGGAAGAAGCACCAAUGCCAGCCAGAAGAUGCCCGGUCAAAUUCAUCGUGGUACCGUACAGGACCUUAUUCAUUGCAUCCACCUCCUUGUCAGCCCUCCAAACGCGCCGCUUCACGAAAGAUCUAUUGAUCUAUCCGAGACGAUCAUCCAGGUACUGCAGCUGCGCCACCUUGGAUUGAGCCAAGUGAUUCAACUGAGCUUCGCUUCAAUCAACAAAGUUUUUGUCGAGAUCCAAGCAAACGACGUUUCUCGGGCUGCUAGCUUGGCCAGAGACCUUGUGCCGUUGAUCAGCCAUUGGUGGCAGGCGCGCACAGUAUCCCAGGAUGGGAUGCUCAAUUCAAUCCGGGACGAGAUGCUGAAAACCAUGUUCAUCAUCCAUCUCCACCUUGAGCGUCUUGUAUGCCUCGAGGGUGACGAUACAUCCCGCAAAGAGAUAAUAGGACUUGCCGAUUCCCUGUGGCUGGAGUACUCGCGACGAACCAAACAUUCCCAGCUUCAACUCGAUGAUCUGACAUUUGUCCCCCAGAGGUUGCCCGAGGACUAUUUCGCACUAGAGCUCUUCGGCCUUCGUGUACACAAUCGGGAGGGGGAACGAGGAUGGGCUUUGUGUCAGAACCUCGCCACCUUGGAGCGAAUCAUUUGGAAGAGCCGCAACAAGGACAAAUCACAGUCGCCAGAGGAGCAACCGCGGAAAAAGCGCAAGACUUAUGCUGCGGCGACGCGAGUACAGGAAAAACUGCAGUCACCCAACUCGGCGGUACGGAUAAUCGCCUUGCAGCUCGUGCCCUUCCUCCUCGAUCUGAACACUUUCUCUGCGGUUGAAGUGUCGGAUCUUGUUAUUGAUCUCGCCGGCCUUGCUGGCGAUAAGGACUCCACAGUAGUAUCAUGGGCUAUGAUCGCUUGCUCCAGGUAG